UCUACUCUCUCUCUCUCGCGCAGGCCGGGCCGAUGGGUAGGGAGCAGACCGAGACGGCUGGGCGGCGAGCGAUGCUGAGCGGCGGCGCCGCGACGGCGGCCGGCGGACGGCGGCGGCGGCGGCGUCGUCGCCCUCUUCUUCUUCUCCCGCUCCCUAGACCUUGUCGCUCCCUCUCCGUCCUCAUCUCCCUGGACGCCAUGGACCGGGUGCUCGCGCUCGACGUCGCCUACCAGCUGCCUCUCCUCCCCGCCAUGCUCGACAAGUUCCCCAAGGUCGUCGAGCCCGCCCGAUGGUGGCAACCGACCAAGAAGAAGCAGCAGCCGGCGCCGCCACGCUCGCCGCGGCGUUCAUCGGCUCCGGCGAGGCCGGAGCGUGGGCGUCCGGCGUGGCCGUCCUCUGCGGCGCGCUGGCCACGGCGAGGCGCUAGCCGGCGCCGCCACGCUCGCCGCGGCGUUCAUCGGCUCCGGCGAGGCCGGAGCGUGGGCGUCCGGCGUGGCCGUCCUCUACGGCGUGCUGGCCACGGCGAGGCGCUGGCCGGCGCCGCCGCGCUCGCCGCGGCGUUCAUCGGCUCCGGCGAGGCUGGAGCGUGGGCGUCCGGCAUUGCCGUCCUCUGCGGCGCGCUGGCAGCGGCGGUGAACACCGUGGAGCACGGCGGGCAGGUGGGCAUGGUGUUCAAGCUGUGCCGCAACGUGGCCGGCAUCUACCGAAAGAUCCAGGAAGACAUCAAGGCGAACCUCAAGGAGGCCGACGUCGAGCGGAGGGAGAACGGCGAGGUGUUCGAGACGAAGGUGGCGCUGCAGCUCGGCCGGAGCACGUCGGAGCUCAAGCAGUUCAGGGCAAUAGCCUCGCCGGCGGUCAAGGACGAGGACAUCAAGGAAUUUGCCGGGGCGGGAGGGAAGGAGGACCGGGCGGAGCCCGGGUCGGUGCCGCCGCCGUGGUGGUGGUCACAGUACUCCACGACGCGGGCGAGGGCGGCGCCCUUGACGACUUCGGGGAGGUUGACGACGACGUCGUCCUCGCCGCCGCCGCCGCGGCCCUCCUCGAGCAUCCUUCUAAUCGUGCCCGAUGCCGCGGUGAUCACCUUCGAUGAGGACGGAGCGGGAGCGGCAGGGUCCAGGGAGUGGGAGAAGAAGAAGAGGGCGCCGCCGCCGCCGUCCGCCGGCCGCCGUCGCAGCGCCGCCGCUCAGCCGUCUGCUCCCUACCCGUCGGCCUGGCCUGCGAGAGAGAGAGAGAGAGAGAGAGAGCAGAGAGGGGUGGAAGGGAGAGAGAAGAGGGGAAAGAGAGAUGAUGUGGACACCUGACAUGUGGGGCCACGUGGGCCCCACGCUGACUCAGUUGCCACGUAGAUCAAAACUGGGGUCAAAACCACCGAGGGACGUUGGGUGACCGGUUUUCGGUUUUGUAUAGUUGGGGGACCCCGGGUGUCUGGUAUUGCGGUUCAAGGACGUUUUUUAUCUC